CUCUUCCUGUCUUGCCGUUGCAACACCCAACUGCCUUACUCCCUUCCCCUCCCACCUCCUCUUUAAUUUUCUCUGCCGGGCUCAGGCCCCGGUUCUGGCCUUUGGGGUUUGAGACCACAUGGGACCACAAUGUGGUCUUUAUCUAAGUCUCAACCCUUAAGUCCCCUGCCCAAGGCCUGAGCUCCCCUUGGGACCUCCCGACCCACUCCUCCCGGACUCUGUCGCUGCCACCCCACCUGCCGCCUCUGCCUGAGCCCUGAUGGGGGAGUGAGAGGCCUCCGCUGGCCGGACAUGGGCCACCCCACCGUGCCUGGCCUGCUGCUGCCACUGGUGCUCCUGAUUCUGGUGGCAGAAAUAAACCCCUCAGGGGUUAGUGCGCUGGUCCCUCACUCCAGGGACCGGGAGAAGAGAGAAAGCCAGUGUCCGCAGGGAAAAUACCCCCACUCUCAUAAUAGUUCCAUUUGCUGUACGAAGUGCCAUAAAGGGACCUACCUGUACAAUGACUGUCCAGGCCCAGGGCUGGACACAGACUGCAGGGAGUGUGAAAAUGGCACCUAUACUGCUUCAGAGAACCACCUCAGGCAAUGCCUCAGCUGCUCAAAAUGCCGAAAAGAAAUGGACCAGGUGGAGAUUUCUUCUUGCACAGUGGACCAGGACACCGUGUGUGGCUGCAGGAAGGAACAGUACCGGAAAUAUUGGAGUGACACUCUUUUCCAGUGCAUGCAAUGCAGCCUCUGCCUCAAUGGCACGGUGCAAGUCUCCUGUAGUGAAAAACAGAACACCGUAUGCUCCUGCCACGCAGGGUUCUUUGUAAAAGACAACAAGUGCAUAUCCUGUACUUACUGUGAGAAAAACAUGGAGUGUGUGAACUCGUGCCCCAUAACUGGUGAAAUCAUGCAGAUACCUCCGGACCCAGCCACCACAGUGCUGUUGUCCCUGGUGAUCAUCUUUGGUGUCUGCCUUUUAUUCGUCUUCUUCAUGGCUUUAAUAUGCUGCUCUCCACGUUUGAAGGCCAAGCUCCAGUCCAUUUUUUUUCCCAAUAGGAAAAACUCAUCUGCAAAAGAGGGGGUGCCGGAACACCUGGCCUCCGCCCCAGGCCUCAGCCCCACCUCCCCACCAAAUUCCACCCUCACCCCUGAGGACUCAUCCACAUCCACAUCUUCAUUACUGUCCAAAGAGACGGCCCUACCCUACCAGGAAAUUGGCUCUUUCCUCCAAGCACCUCCAGCCAGUACCAUCCCCCCCUUUCAAAAGCCGGAGGGCAGCACCUACACGCAGCGCCCAGAUGCAGACCCAGUGAUGCUGUAUGCUGUGAUGAACAACGUGCCCCCAUUCCGCUGGAAGGAGUUCGUGAGGCGGCUGGGGCUGAGUGAGCACGAGAUCGAGCGGCUGGAGCUGCAGAAUGGACGCUACGUGCACGAGGCGCAGUACAGCAUGCUGGCGGCCUGGCGCCAGCGCACGCCCAGACGGGAGGCCAUGCUGGACCAGCUGGGCCGAGUGCUCCGUGACAUGGACCUGCACGGCUGCCUGGAGGACAUAGAGGAAGCUCUGCGUGGCUCCACCUCCCUCUCAUCGGAGCCCUACUUUCUCAGAUGAGGACACGCCCCCUGGGAGGGGCCUGCCUUGAUGACAGCUGUUUCCUGCCCCAGGGUCCUGAUGGACCUCGCAAGAUGCUCCCUGGACCUCUUUUUUUUUUUUUUCCUAGAGAGGGUCUUGGAGGGGCUGGCACCAGCUGGCAGCCACUUAUUGGUGCUACUCCCUCAGUGUGCAUAGCUUUCUCAGCUGUCUGAGCACUGCCUGAGGGUCAGCUGUGCGUGUGCGCGUGUGCGUGAGAGAUGAGAGAGAGAUGGGGGGAGAAGGGAUGUACAUAUGGAUAGAUGUGGUGUGUGUGGUAGUGAGAGAGGCUGAGCGUGCUAGGAGCCCAAGCUGGCUGGCGGUUGUAGGGAUAAGGGAUGCCAUGGUUCAUUGCCUGUUUUAGGCCUAGAGGACCCAGCAAGGAGCUUUAGGGGCCCCUGAGCCUUUUUAACAGUAGAUAAGCAAUCUUUGUAUCACUUACAUUGUACUAAUAGAAACUUGGCACUCUUUUCUCCCCUGCCUGGGCAAGCACAGUAAGCUGAACGGUCCCAAGCAGGGACAAGCACAGAACAAUGGGGCCUCCAGCUGGAGCUGUGGACUUUUGUAAAUACACUAAAACUGGAGGAUUAAAGCUGUGCUCCUGGAA